AUGGUGGAGUGGGUGUGGAUGCAGAAAUCAAGGCUGAAUUGGGCAAUUAAAGGUGAUAGAAAUACAAAAUUUUUCCACAUUAUGGCUUGUAGUAGGAAGAACAAGAAUGCCUUAUGUUCUAUUGUGAUUAAUGGUUCUGCGGUAGAGAAUCCUCAAGAUGUUAGGGCUGAAGUGAAAAAUCAUUUUCUUAACCACUUCUCAGAUUCUUGGUCUAGUAGACCAGGGCUGCUAGGUCCUUUUAACACAAUUGGAGAAGAUCAAAGCUCAGAAUCUGAAGUGAAGGCAGCAAUUAGGAAUUGUGGGGGUAAUAAGGCUCCUGGCCCAGAUGGAUUUAAUUUUAACAUGUUUCAGAAAUGUUGGGAUAUUAUUAAGGGUGAUGUACUCCAAUUUAUGACUGAAUUUCACCAGAAUGGGAAGUUGGUUCGCGGGAUUAACAGCUCUUUUAUAGCUUUGAUUCCAAAAAAUGAGAAUCCCUCUAGCCUUGCAGAGUAUAGGUCCAUCAGUCUGAUUGGUUCCUUGUAUAAGAUUCUUGCAAAAGUACUCUCCAAUAGGAUGAAGACAGUAAUGCCUAGAAUAAUCAGUGUUACACAGUCUGCCUUCAUUGGGGGAAGAAAUAUUCUGGAUGGGAUAUUGAUUGCAAAUGAGGUUGUUGAUGGGUGGAAGAAGGACAUAAGAAAGGGGGUAAUACUGAAGCUUGAUUUUGAAAAAGCAUAUGAUUCAGUAAAUUGGGGAUUUUUAUUCUCAAUGUUAUCAAACUUUGGGUUUGGGGCUAAAUGGGUGAGUUGGAUAAAAGAAUGUGUAACUUCAGCUAGUAUUUCUAUUUUGGUGAAUGGUUCUCCAACUUCUGAAUUUAAACCUCAGAGAGGGCUGAGACAAGGAGACUCGUUAUCACCUUUUCUAUUUAAUAUUGUGGCAGAAAGUCUCAAUAUAUUGUUGGAAAGGGCAAAGCAGCUGGGUUUGAUCAAGGGUGCGGUUGUGGGUUCUGAUCUUAGGAUCACACACUUGCAAUUUGCUGAUGAUACUAUAUUGUUCUGUGAAGCUGAAUGGGAGGAGAUAUUAAAUAUUAAGAGAAUAUUGAGAUGCUUUAAAAUUAUGUCGGGCCUGCAAAUCAAUUACCAUAAAAGUGUGAUGCCUACAGGAGUAGCAAAAGAGAUUGCUAAAAUCCAAUCAACUUUUCUUUGGGGAGGCUCGAACCUUAGAAGGAAAAUCCAUUUGGUUAAAUGGGGAGAGGUUACUCUUAGUAAAAGUCAAGGAGGGCUGGGGGUGAAAAGAACUGAUUUGAUGAAUGUAUGUCUACUAUUAAAAUGGUGGUGGAGGUUUGGGGCAGAAGAGAAAGCCCUGUGGAAGGAUGUGAUUUGCAAAAAAUACUAUGGUUCUACCGAUGAGUGGUCACCUGCACUUGUAAGAGGUGGAAGGAUGUCUAAAAUAUGGGAAGACAUUGUGGGAAUUGUAGUAUCUAAACCUGAAGUGCUGGGCUUUUUUAAUUCGAAUACUACAAUUGAACUUGGGGAUGGCUUCAGGGCAAAGUUUUGGCUUGAUAAUUGGGCUGGUUCUGUUUGCUUGAAGGUUUUGUUCCCUAGACUCUUUUUAUUGGCUCUGAACAAAUCUGAAUCUGUGUAUACAGUGAGAGCUAGAGUUGGUCAACAUGAUUGGUAUUCAUUGUUUCGAAGGAGUUUAUUUGUAUGGGAAAUGGAGGAAUUAGAUAGAUUGAAGGGCAUGUUGCGUAAUGCAGCUGAGUUAAGGGGGAAUGUCACUGAUAAACUGAAAUGGAUGGUGGACCCUUCAGGAGUGUUUUCUGUCUCAUCAGCAUACCAUUGGUGCGAAUCCUCCUUGGGUUCUACUUUCAGGAUAACAGAGUGCAUCUGGAAGAAUGUGGCGCCCCCAAAAGUCCAAUUCUUUGGAUGGCUUGCUUGGAAGAGAAGGAUUAAGACUUCGAACUACCUUCAAAGGAUGGGGAUUCUGGAGAAUUAUACUAUUUUACAUUGUGUGUUCUGCAAUGAGGAGGAGGAAACAGACAACCAUGUACUCCUGCAUUGUCCUUUUGUUUGGUUAGUAUGGUCCAAAAUUAUGAGAUGGUGGGGCAUUCAAUGGGUGAUACCAAAAUCAGUGGAUGAACUGCUUCUUUGGUGGUCAGGAUCAAAGUUCAAAAAAUUAGAGAAGAAGAUUUGGAGAAUCAUUCCGUUGGCGGUGCUCUGGUAUCUCAACCAAAUUUUAAUGAUCUGUGUGGAUUGGUUAUUGGUUGAGGGAAGUUCAUUGCUGGUUACUGCUGUGCUUGCUACUCAUCUGCUUAUAUUGCUUCAAAAGGGUGUCUGGUGA